UCGAUCGGACUCGGGGUGGAGCCGGCCUCCCUCGCACUUGACAGCAGCAGACCGAGGCCAGCGCGUAGAAAAAAAUUGCGUUGUGGCGCGUGGGGCUGCUCGUGGCCAUGGUGGAAUCCAGACGGAGCCUCCUCCAGUGGUAAGAGGAGGAAGCCCCCUUUCUGUUGUCAAAGCUGUUUCUGCCUCUUACCUCAGCACAGUAGAGACAAGAAGUUUCCCCAUCUGACAUAAGUGGACACAAUGGUGGAUUACUACGAAGCACUGGGGGUGCCCCGCAAUGCCUCUCCGGAUGACAUUAAAAAGGCGUACAGAAAGAAAGCCUUGCAAUGGCACCCGGAUAAAAACCCAGAUAACAAGGAACAUGCUGAGCAGAAGUUUAAGGAGAUAGCAGAGGCCUAUGAGGUGCUAUCUGACAAGAGCAAGCGCGAAGUCUACGACCGGUAUGGCAAAGAGGGGCUCAUGGGUGCAGCUGGUUCUGGUGGUCCCAGGGCUCAUCCGGGACCAGAAUUCACUUUCACUUUCCGGAGCGCCCAUGAUGUCUUCCGGGAGUUCUUUGGAGGGCGAGAUCCAUUUGCUGACUUUUUUGAUGAUCCCUUUGCAGACAUACGUGGACCUGUACCCCGGCAUCCUGCAGCAGGGCCUUUCUUCUCCCCUUUUCCUGCAUCAUCAGAGUUCUUCUCAUCUUCUCUUGGCCCAGGGCUUAAUGCAGGAAUGGGCUUCCGCUCUGUUUCCACUUCUACAAGAUUCAUCAAUGGCAAGCGCAUCACUACCAAGAGAAUCAUUGAAAAUGGACAAGAGAGGGUAGAAGUGGAAGAAGAUGGGGAGCUGAAAUCCAUCCAGAUUAAUGGGAUUCCAGAUGACUUGGCACUAGGCUUGGAGCUGAGCCGGCGUGAGCAGCAAGCGCUACAGAACCACAGGCCGUCAGCAUCUCCUCCACUGACACCAUCUCAACGCCCACCGCCCAAGCGCCCAUCCCCGAGCUCCUCCCCUGUGAUCUUGUACACGGACAGCGAUGAGGAUGAUGAGGAUCUGCAGCUGGCUAUGGCCUACAGCUUGUCUGAGAUGGAGGCCAAGGGCCAGCACAGAGCAGACCCCGAAGGACAGGCAUAUUCUGUCUGACACCCCUCCAUGCUGCCUCCCUGCAGGUGUGUUCUGAGUCUGGAAGAGCCAUGGGGAUUACCUCUCCAGCAUUCGUGCUCGCUGAAGGCUGCUCAAGCCUGGACUUCACUUUCUGUUCUCUCCCUGAACCUGUGGGGGGGACUGGCGGGUGCCAAGUGUGUUAUUUUCUCCCUUCGUUCUCUCUGCUGUGUAGCAUGUAGCACUCACUGGCUCCUGAGGUUCAGGCAGGCUACAGCCUGUUUUCUGUAGAAGUAGCUAUCCUGCUGCUCUAGAGUUAACACUAGAGCCAAGGCCUUUUAUACUUGUUAACCCCCUUCAUUGGUGCUCACUGCCCUCUUAAGAGAGGCCUGGCUAAAGAGUGGGAUAGUCUUGAGUUGUCUGUCAAGAGGUGUAGUGGUGGGUCAAAAAAGCCAGCAGCUCCUUACAGGCAUGGGGUGCAGCAUCCUCUUCAGCUGACCAGGGACAUAUUGGUUUCCAGACAAACACCAUAUGUGUUUGGAGAGUUGUAUGGAUGGGAACAAAGGAAUAAAGUUUUGUUAGAGCACCAGGGCAGUCUCCCUUGUGCAAAAGGCAGCCUUGGCACCUUCCUCAACCUGCAGUCAUGUACAGUUGGACUGAACUCCCAGAAUUCCUAGCCAGCAUGAUGGCCAUGCUGUGGGAGAAUUGGGGGAGUUGCAGUCCCAGCAAAUGGGCAAGGCUGCUCUAGACACAGGGGCUGGGCAUCAGUUUCUCCCCCAGAGCAGCAGGGACUCUUCCAGACCAGUCACUCCAGAGAGAGUAAGUCAGACUCUCUUGGUAGCAAGGAGAGGGCUAGGUCUGUGGCUCCAGUCCCCUCCCCCAGCAGAAUUCCCUUCUUGAAAUAAUAGCUACAGUUAACACAAACCUGUUCAACAUGUCUGUAACUUGGAGUGGAUCUGGUCUCUUUUGUAAUGCAGAGUGCUGGCCUGGUAUAAAACGGAAGACGUUUAUCAAUAAACUUAUUUGCAAUUAA